UUAAUACAUAACCUAACAUUUAAAUGCCUCGACUAUUUUCAAAUUAAUAUUUAAAAAGAUGUUUAAAGCUCUCAGAUCAACACGUAAUAAAUUAAAUUCACCUUUAAUAUGUGGUUAUUGCACAUCAAAUGAGAAACAUACCUCGAAAAUGCCAAGUGAUUUAGUUAAACAAACCGAUAUAACCUCAAAAUCUGAAUUGGAUAAGAUGAAAGAGGAUGUAAAAAGUUUAAAGUGGAGAAGUACCUGGCAUGAAAAAGAAGGACAGUAUUACAGUACGUUAAGAACGUUUUAUACGGAACAUAAUAAUUCUGCUGUGAUGAAGUUUAUUCAAAGUCCUAUAAAAUUGUGGCCGUCCGAUAUUAAGAAAUGGUGGGCAGGAAAACAAGAGGAAAAAAGUAUAAUUAUGCAACAAUAUAUUCCCGCUCGUAAUCAAAUGUUGGGGAAUGAAUUGGCCGCUGCACAUUUUGUUGUUCAUCGAGGAGGUUCUGUCAAGUUUUUCGGACAAGAUUUUUGGAUUAAAAGAAAUGACAUGAAACAAUAUAAUUUACCAAAAAAAUAUGAUCCUGACUGGUUUUUACAAGCUAUAGAUUGCAAUGAUAUGGAAUUAUAUUAUGAGGGUCUAGUCAAUAUGAGAGAUUUACAAAACGUCGAAUGGUUCAGUAUUAGUGGGUGUGAAAACAUGGAUGAUUGGUGCCUGGAUAGGAUUGCAAAUAUAUUUUCAAAAUCACUUUUGUAUUUGGAUAUACGAGAUUGUCCUAAUAUUACAUUUAGAGGGUUGGGGGCACUUGUUAAAAUGGAAAAAUUAAAAAUUUUGUAUGUUAAUAACAUAAUUAUUAGUGAUGAAUGGGAGAUGACUUGUUUGUUGUUACAAGAAGUUAAUCCUAAACUUGAUAUUAGAACUUAAUUGAAGUAUAUUUGAUUUAAUUAUGUUUAUUAUAAAUUUUGUUUGUUUCUUGUACAGUUAAAUUAAUAAAGUUUUGGAUUUAAUUGUAUUCAGG